UCCAGUUCUUCUACGACCACGGCAUGCUCAGCUCCGCGCUCUACAACGACGCCAUCAAUUGCGACUUCUCCUUUGGCUCGCCCGACCUGGAGUGCCGCGGCCACAUCAACGCCGCCUUCUCGCCAUGGUACGACCCCAUCGAUCCCUACAACAUCUACGCGCCCUUCUGUCUGGCGGACGUGUCGGCAGCACGCCUGUCUGCCUUUGUGCGCAUGAACCCGCGCCUGCGCUUCUCCAUGGCCGCUCAGCAGCAGGCAGCACAAGCGCUGCAGCAGCAGCAGCAGCAGCAGGGUGCCUUGGCUUAUCCGGGUGAUCCCUCCAGCGCUGCACCACAGGGUGCGCGGCUGAGCGGCAAGGCGGCGGACCCGCUGGACAGCGCAGCGUGCAUGGACGCGUGGGUGCAGCGCUACCUGCGCUCGCCUGCCGUCUACAGGACCGUCAAGGCGCCCGCCGCUCGCGCCAUGCAGUGGAGUGUGUGCACCAACGGCAUAGACUACAGCAGCAACGACCAGGGCGCGGACAUCAUCCCCACCAUCCAGGGGGCUGCUGGCGCACCCCCUCCGCUUCUGGAUCUUCUCCGGCGAUGCGGACAGCGUGGUGCCGUUCACGGGCACGCGCGUGUGGAUAGAGGCGCUGGGGCUGGCCGUGCUGCAGCCGCAGUACCCCUGGCUAGCGCCGUCGGGCCAGGUGGGCGGGUGGGCGACGCGGUACGAGGGGCUGACAUGGGUGACGGUGAGGGGGCGGGCCACCAGGUGCCCACCGGCAAGCCCGAGGAGGCGUUCGCACUCUUCCAGGCCUUCCUCAGCGGCCACGACCCGCCCUACACCGCCUCUGGCUGACCGCUCUGCGCCCGAGGUGGCACUGUGGUGUGGGAAAACUACCUGCUAUGAGUUGCCUUGUAAUGUAUUUAUUGAGUUAUGUGUUUCCGGCUCACCAAGUGAUGGUCGUGUUCAACAGAGAGCAGGUGAAGGAGCCAUCUCAUGCCAUGGCCAGCUCAUGUGGUUGGUGAGAUGUCUG